ACUUCCACCCAUCUUCUCAAUUCAGAUAAAGUGUCAACAACAACUCCAACUAAGCGGCCUUCAAUUUCAACAGAGGCAAACAUUGCUUUGUCAAUAUUUUCACACUCCACGUUGGAUAUCGACAAAUGCACCAUUCUCCAAGGAUUUAACUUGUGUUUUUUCUUGCAUGUUGUUAUUUUGACGAAGCAACCCGUGGAGGCUGUCCUGUUGCUCCAUCGAAGCCAACGUGUAGGCCUUUAAGCUAUACGUUUUUGUGGAUUCCAGAAUAUUUCAGAAGUUUACGGGUUGGUGUUGAUUUGGUCGAGAGCAAGGCAUCGUUGGCGGAGUUUUAGGAGACAUGACAGCACUAGCGGGGGGCAUACCGAGGAUGAUGCGCCCGAACCCACACCAAAACUACCCGCGGGGAGGCUACUCUCUGGAAGUCUCUACCCCGUUAGGCCAGGGCCGGGUGAACCAGCUCGGUGGGAUGUUUAUCAACGGCAGACCCCUGCCCAACCACAUCCGCCACAAGAUCGUGGAGAUGGCCCACCACGGCAUCCGGCCCUGUGUCAUCUCCCGCCAGCUCCGAGUCUCCCAUGGAUGCGUGUCUAAAAUCUUGUGCCGGUACCAGGAGACAGGCUCCAUCAGGCCCGGGUCCAUCGGAGGCAGCAAACCCAAGCAGACAACAACCCCAGAUGUGGACAAGAAGAUCGAGGAAUACAAGAGAGACAACCCCGGCAUGUUCAGCUGGGAAAUCAGGGAUAAAUUACUCAAAGACGGGAUCUGCGACAGAAACAACAUCCCCUCAGUGAGUUCAAUCAGCCGUAUCAUGCGUUGUAAAUUCGGGGGAGUUGGAGGAGAAGAUGAGGAGGACGAUGAUGAAAUCCAGAAGAGGGAAUUGGAAGAGAACGAAAGACGAGCGAAACACAGCAUCGACGGCAUCCUCGGGGAUAGAUCCAGCCACUCAGACGAGGGUUCGGACGUGGACUCCGAGCCGGGCCUGCCACUAAAGAGGAAACAGCGUCGCAGUAGGACCACCUUCUCAGCUGAGCAGCUGGAGGAGCUGGAGAGAGCCUUUGAAAGAACACACUACCCUGAUAUAUACACCAGAGAAGAGCUAGCUCAGAGGGCCAAACUCACAGAAGCCAGAGUUCAGGUAUGGUUCAGCAACAGGAGAGCCAGGUGGAGGAAACAGGCAGGAGCCAAUCAGCUAAUGGCCUUUAAUCACCUGAUCCCUGGCGGUUUCCCACCUUCGGCCAUGUCGAGCUUGCAGCCAUAUCAGCUGUCAGAUACCCCCUACCCUCCCACCUCCAUCUCACAAACAGUGUCAGAGCAGCACAGUACGGUCCACAGGCCUCAGCCUCUCCCCCCCACCUCGGUGCACCAGGGUGGGCUUGGCUCCUCAGUGGGGACCCAGGACGGGAGUUCGGCUUACUGCCUGUCCUCCGGACGCCACGGCUUCUCAGGCUACUCAGACAGCUUUGUGCCCCCCCCUGGCCACUCCAACCCAGUCAACCCCAGCAUUAGCAACGGCCUCUCACCACAGGUGAUGGGGCUGUUGAACCCGGGAGGAGUGCCCCACCAGCCCAGCCACCAGAGUGACUUUGCCCUCUCUCCCCUGACCGGUGGGAUGGAGCCCGGGGGUGGCAUGGCGGCCAGCUGCCACGGUUCCCAGCGGGGCCUGGAGGGUCUGCCAGGCCUGACCAGCAUGCCCACCCUGCCCAACUCCCAGUCCUACUGCCCGCCCACCUACAGUUCCCCAGCCUACGCUAUGGACCACCACCCCUCAUACCAAUACGGACAGUAUGGACAGAGCAAGGUGCCUUUCAUUAUCUGAAGCCCCACCAUGGCCAGGAGGGGAUGAGAUCUCUGGUCAACCCGACAGUCAACUCUGGAGCACUCCCCCUUCCUCUCUUCUUCCCCCCUCCGCCUUCUCCCCACCCAGCCCCUGAGGAAAACGGACAACCCAGAGAGAUGGAGGGAGGGGGGUUGUU